CAGAAAUACAUAAAAGUCCAAUUACGGUAGGUAUUUAUUGAAUAUUGAAAGUCGUAAGCAGUCGUAAGUUCUCCAGGCAUUUCCCACAUGCUUGCUUCUUUAACGAAGAGACAGCUGUACGGUCAGAGAUUAGUGAGAAAGAGAUAGCAGCUUAAAGCAGUCAUCGAUUUGGAAAGGAGGAUUCCGAUUGGCUGUGCCCCCGUGACGUGCUGACGCUAAGCUUUCAUUGGCUGGCGGCGAUCACGUGAUUUACCUGAAAGAAACCCACGUGACGAGGUGCUGAACGGAAAUGUUGCCCAGUUGCCCGUUUCCGUCUUCCCAGCGCCUGUCAGCCAUUGUCGCUCUGUUCGCCGGGUUCUUUAGGUUUGAUUGGCACAGGCUGACAUAGUUUUUCGUGAACACCAAAGGAGGAUCGUUUCAAGCCACUUACGAUCGUUGACGCUGUGCAAGAUGUACAGCAACGGAUAUUCCAAUCAAACUUCUUACAGACCCAGAGGGAACAGGGAGUAUGGCAAUCGGAAUGGGGGUGGAACCUAUUGGAAUAGCCAGCAACAAAAUCAAAAUGAUUUUGGGGGUAAGAAGCAAAAUCAGAAAAAAAUCCCCGGUGAUUUACUAAAGAAGCCAAAUUGGGACCUGACGUCUUUGCCAGUUAUUACCAAGAACCUUUACGUCCCCCAUGCUAACGUGAUGGGACGCACGGCCGAUGAAGUUACCAAGUACCAUGCUGGCAAGGAGAUCACUGUCAAGGGAAACAACACCCCGUUUCCGAUUCAGGCGUUCGAGGAGAGCAAUUUCCCGGACUACGUAAUGGAGGAGAUCAGAAAGCAGGGAUUCGCGGAGCCUACAGCCAUCCAGGCGCAGGGUUGGCCGAUCGCACUCAGCGGACGCGACAUGGUCGGCAUUGCUCAAACAGGAUCUGGGAAGACUUUGGCCUAUAUUCUACCAGCGACCGUUCACAUUAACAAUCAACCUCGUCUGGGACGAGGAGAGGGUCCGAUCGUAUUAGUUUUAGCACCUACUAGGGAAUUGGCACAGCAGAUUCAAAGUGUAGCCCGUGACUUUGGUUCCUCUUCCUGUAUUCGCAACACAUGCAUCUUCGGUGGAUCGCCCAAAGGACCGCAGGCUCGUGACUUGGAGCGCGGCGUCGAGAUCUGCAUAGCCACUCCCGGACGGUUGAUCGACUUCCUGGAGAAGGGUACGACGAACUUGCGCAGGUGUACGUAUCUCGUGUUGGACGAAGCUGACAGGAUGCUUGAUAUGGGAUUCGAGCCGCAGAUCCGCAAGAUCAUUGAACAGAUUCGACCAGAUCGUCAGGUGUUGAUGUGGUCGGCUACGUGGCCAAAGGAAGUGCAAGCCCUUGCCGAAGACUUCCUCACUGAUUAUAUUCAAAUUAAUAUCGGUUCCUUGACACUGGCUGCCAAUCAUAACAUUCGUCAGAUUAUUGAGAUCUGUCAGGAACACGAGAAAGAGUCCAAGCUCUCGGGUCUUCUACGAGAGAUUAGCUCCGAGCGUGGGAACAAAACUAUCAUCUUCGUGGAAACUAAGAAGAAGGUGGAUGAUAUCACUAAAGCCAUUAAGAGAGACGGCUGGUCCGCAAUUGCCAUUCACGGCGAUAAGUCGCAGCCUGAAAGAGACUACGUACUAUCGGAAUUCCGUAACGGAAAGACCGCUAUUCUGGUUGCAACUGAUGUGGCUGCUCGCGGAUUGGACGUCGAGGAUGUAAAGUACGUCGUGAACUUUGAUUAUCCCAACAGCUCCGAAGACUACAUUCACAGAAUAGGAAGGACCGGACGUUGUCAAAGUGCCGGAACUGCCUACGCCUAUUUCACGCCAAACAACGCGAGGCAGGCUAAGGAAUUGAUAUCCGUUCUCGAGGAAGCUGGACAGCCGAUCAACCCACAGCUAGCCGAGAUGGCCAACUCCCAGAGAAAUCAAUACGGAAAGGGUCGUCAGCGUUGGAACAACAGCCGAUCCAGCAAGGACAACAACUCUAGCGGAAGUCCUAGGAGCAACGCCAGUCCGACAGGAAAUAGUUGGCAGAACAACACACAGAACGUACAGCAGGAUAACAGAGCUCUUGUUCGUCAACAAAAUGGCUACCAAGCUCGACCAAACAACUAUCAAAAUAGCUACCAGCAACGUCAAACAAAUGGCUAUCAGAAUGGAUAUCAAUCUAACAGCAACGGCUACCAAGGUGGCGGUGGCGGCGGCGGCGGCGGUAAUGGUAGCGCCGGCUAUCAAAAUGGCGGCGCACCGCGUUACCAGAGUCGUGGCGGUUAUCAAGGCAAUCGUUUCAACAGUCGACAGAACAACGGUUACGGAAGCAGUCAGAACAACCAGGGAAUGUACUCGAUUCCACCUCCGUUCAUGAUGCCACCUGGAGGUCACACUGAUUCCAGUAUCCAGAGUCUCGUCAACAACAAAUUCUUCCAGACAAAUCGACCACCUCCUGGCACCAACGCAUGCGCUUAUCAGUCCAUGGGAUACGGGCAGUUCCAGGCCGUUCCGCCGUAUGGUUAUCCUUACCCACCGACACCGGUACAGCAGUGACGCUUUUCACGAGGUUUGAGGGGAGACAAACUCGUUAAUAAUACUAAGACCGCAGGAAGCAAGACAGUUGGACGACAAACGAUAAGAAAUAAACAAUAUAAGAUACUGCUCUACAUUCAGAUUCUCUUCUGUAGGUUUCACUAAAGUGCAUUUCUUGUAUGUUAUACAGUAUUAUGAUAGAAAAUAAAAUAAACAUAUUGCAAUUGUAA